AUGCAUCUCCCAUCACAGAAACUCCAGCUCCGCCCUAGACUUACCGCCGUUCUACAACACUCAAGCAAGAAUUCCACGUCCAAGACUCCUGAAGCUUCAACAGCAACAAAGCCAGUUAGCAUAAUCAACAUCAAAGACAAGAGAAACAUCAAGAUUGGCAUUGCUGCACUCCGUACCGUCAGCAAAUGGACCGAUAAAGCUGCACUGACGCUCGAGAAGCUCGAGGGCCAAGAAGCGUCGAAGCACUGCCAAGAUCGCCAGGCGCGCUUGGUCGCAGAAGAUGGCAGUAAAGGCUACGGAAAGCAAGUCCAAGACACUGGGGUAUGGAGAGAGACCGUUGUGUACCCGGUACCUGCCCAGGUUGGCAGCACUAGGGGGAUCGAAGCACACGAACAGCCAAGAGUGUACGGAGCACCAACACCUUCCAGUCAAGGAGAGAGUCACAUGACGGUUAGCCCUGUGGAGGCACCGCUCGUUCAGACUCAUCAUGCGCAUGUCUUGGCUUCCGUUGAGGAGUACUAUGACGAAAGCAGUGACGAGGAAGACGAAGGCAACACCUCUAGGCAGAUCGGCCUCAACAGCUCCACAGACGUUGACGCAGAUGACGGUACCGAUGAGGAAGAUACUUCUGAUGACUCUAGCGACGAUGAGAAGGAGGAUGACAGCGAUGACGACUCGGAUAGCGAGGCGCAUGAUAGCUCUGAUGAUGCUGAGGAUUCGGACGAGGAGGAGUUAGAGGCGGAACAUCUCACGACCGUGAAUGCCAAGAAGUGA